GCAGUGAUCCAUGAAGGGGAGGAAUUCAUAGAGAGAGGGAAUCAGUUCCUUCUAGCCUAAUGUAUGCUGAUCACGCAGGAGGCUGGGGAGUUUAUGAUCACUUUCCCAUAUGGAUACCAUGCAGGAUAUAAUCAUGGUUUCAACUGUGCAGAAUCAACAAACUUUGCAACAAUUAGAUGGAUUGAUUAUGGAAAAGUAGCUAAAUUGUGUACCUGCAGGAAAGACAUGGUGACAAUAUCAAUGGACAUUUUUGUGAGAAAAUUUCAGCCAGAUAGAUAUCAGCUGUGGAAACAAGGAAAGGAUUUAUAUAACAUUGAUCAUACAAAGCCCACCCCUGAAACCACACCUGAGGUAAAGGCCUGGUUGCAGAGAAGAAAGAAAGCAAAGAGAUGUUCCAGCUUCCAGCAUACCCGAUCACGAUCAAAAAAGCUUAAAACUCCUGAAGACAAGAAGUCAUCAACCAUAGUGGUUGGUACAGAAAUCACAGCCACUGAAGCAGCUACAGAUUGCUUCAAGGUCAAAGAAAAACCAUCAGCAAAAGUAAAGCCAGUAGACACAGGAGUGCCUUCUGGGGAAGAGCAAAUCUCAAGCAGGAUGCAGAUAGAUCAAAAUUUAUUGGAUAACAAAAAGAUACUGGGUCAUUCCCCUCCAAGCUCACAACUUGAUCAGGUUCCUCAAAUGCAGAAUAUACAGUCUGAAAAGGAAGAGAAAGAAGUCUCUGACCUUGCACACAUUUGUUCUGAAGAAUCUAGAUUGGCUUUGCCUUCAUAUCCUAGCUGCAAUCAAGAUGUUUUAAAAGCUUCAAAUGCUUCAAGGCAAACUCCUGAGGACGCUUCUUCUGAAAUUGAGAGCUUUGAGAAAGAAGAAACUAGCAGUGUAUCAACAGAAGAGGAUGAGAUUAGUGAUGCUGAAAGCAAUAAAAGUGGUCUGGAACCCGGGGAAAUAUCAAUGAUAUUUGAAGAAGAAAAAAACAAAACAUCAAAAAGUUGGCGUCAUCCGCUAAAUAAACCCCCUGCCAGAUCUCCUAUGACACUGGUUAAACAGCAGGCAAUAAGUGAUGAAGAACUGCCUGAGGUUCUCUUAAUUGAAGAGGAAAUACAAGAAACAGAAUCCUGGGCCAAACCUCUAGUCUAUCUUUGGCAGAACAGAGUACCAAAUUUCACUGCUGAAAAGGAAUACAAUGCAGCUGUUGCCAAGUUGGAACCCUAUUGUGCUAUUUGCACACUCCUCAAACCUUACUACAAGGCUGAUAAACCUAAUGAAGAAAUAUAUGCUUGGUCAGAAACAAAGCAGAAAGAAAUAUGUGUGUCCAGUGAAAAGACAAAACCGCUUAUUCCAGAGAUAUGUUUUAUUUAUAGUGAGGAGAAUACCGAAAACUAUCCAUCCAAUGGCUUUAUUGAAGAAGAUGGAACAAGUGUGCUAAUAUCCUGUGCAAAAUGUUGUGUACAGGUUCAUGCAAGUUGCUAUGGUAUUCCUUCCCAUGAAAUCCAUGAUGGAUGGCUGUGUUGUCGAUGCAAAAGAGGAGCCUGGACAGCUGAAUGUUGUCUCUGUAAUUUGAGAGGUGGAGCACUCAAGCAAACUACUGAUAAAAAGUGGGCUCAUGUAAUGUGUGCAAUUGCUAUCCCUGAAGUCAGAUUUGGUAAUGUCACGGAAAGAACACCAAUAGACACGAGCAGGAUACCACUGCAGAGAUUGAAACUGGGCAUUUCAGUUGGGGCUCUUCUUAUCUUCAGUUUUGGAGAUCAGUGGUGUUCGGAUUGUAAGAUGAAGACUAAAUAAUAAGAUUAGCUGGAC